AUGGAUAUAGUCGAAUCGCGAGAAGAUCUUCAGACAAAAUUUGAUCCACAAGCUAAGAAACGCUGGGUUGUUAUUUUCAUCUCAGCUUCAGCAAUUAUUUCUAUUUGUGCCAUCAUAACAGUGCUUGUUGUGGCAAAAACAGAAACUAUAACUGUGUUGAAAGAUUGCCAUGUUGAAUUCAAAGGUGAUCCUGUUGGAAUCAAUGAAUGCCUGAAGUCACAUUGUAGAUUUGAUACCGAGGUUUGUUCAUCUCCAUGUCCAUUUGGUUAUGAGACAAAUGACAGAGAUUGUCAGAUUAGUUGUGAAUGCGCAAGCGAAGGUGUAUUUGAAGGAGAUAUAAGAUUUGAUAUGGAUAGUCUUCCUACAUUUUUAAAGGACUAUGGCUACGUUGAGGAGAAUUUUGAUUCAGGUAGAAGGAGGACUGAAGCAGUAGUUUCACUCUGGGGCAUACAGUCUGAAGAUGGUCGACAUAAUAUUCCUUAUACUAUUAGUGAGAGGCUUUCAAGCAAAGCUCGAUCUGCUAUUGAAUCAUCAGCUAAAAAUUUAUCAUCGAUAACCUGUGUAGAUUUUGUUCCCCGAAAAUCAGAAGAACAACACAUUCGAUUCGUUUCCAAGGUUGGAUGUUGGUCUGGUAUUGGAAAGAGUGGAGCAACUCACGAUAUAUCAAUAGGUGUUGGAUGUGAAAAUGAAGCUUCCGUCUCACAUGAGCUAAUUCAUGUACUUGGUUUCCAUCAUGAACAAUCUAGACCAGAUAGAGAUGGCUAUGUUGAUAUUUUGUAUGAAAAUAUAAAACCAGGUGAUAUAAAUUCAUAA